UAGGGAAGGAUGCUGAUGGAGCAGAUGCAGAAGAGAUUAUUGAAAUGGGCAGUAAAGCCUCAGUUGCUGAUCAAAAGAUGCAAGUGGAAGAAAAUGUUCAUUCUCAAAUAAAAGCAUUUUGCACGUUCAUGGUUGAAAAAAUUCGUCCAAAUGAAAAGAUUGUGACUGACUCCUUUGAGUUAUCUCAACAAGCAAACAAUUUGCCUCACCAUAGUGGACCUAGUUCAGCUAAGGGUCGGUGUGACCCACCAACUAACAAUCCUGCUGUCUCUAAACGAAGGCCAUUAAGCCAAGCUGAAGUUUCUCAGAAAUUAAAGGAUCAAAUUGGCUACAGUCUCUAUGUAAAACCUUCUCAAAUAUCUCACAAGGAUGCUGGGCAAGGUCUAUUUUUAGAUGGGGUAGCAGAUGUGGGUGCUGUGCUAGCCUUUUAUCCUGGUGUAGUCUACUUUCCAUCUCAUUGUCAUUGUAUUCCUGGAUAUCUUGAUGAGAAGAACCCCUAUUUGAUAACAAGAUAUGAUGGAACUGUCAUUGACGCCCAACCUUGGAGUCGUAGAGGUGAUCGGCAAGAACUGUGGAAUGGUAGAAAUAUGUUAGAAAACAAGGCUGAAAUGGAAGGAGCUGAGAAAGGUGCAGACAGCCUAAGUAAGCCUUUGGAAGGAUCCCAAGUAGAUAGUAGUGAUGAUGUACUUGAGUGUAGAAACCCAUUAGCCUUGGCACACUUCGCUAAUCACCCUGCAAAAGGGAUGCUUCCAAAUGUCAUGGUUUGCCCUUAUGACUUUCCAUUGACUGAAAACAACAUGAGAGUUUACAUUCCUAAUAUCUUAUAUGGAAAUGCAGAGGUCAAUGUGAAGAGUUUUAGCAGGUUUUGGUUCAAAAAUGGGGUUUCAAGAAAUAGUGAAUCAAAAGUUCCUACUCUAAAUACUGUUUUUUUGGUAGCAACUAGGGCUCUUCAAGAUGAGGAACUGCUUCUGAACUACAGGCUGAGCAACUCUAAGCGGUGGCCAGAAUGGUAUGCUCCAGUGGAUGAAGAAGAGGACAUGAGCAGUUGAAACUAGCCAAUAUAUAUUGGAGCCAUAAGUCUCUGUAGAUAUUCAGAGCACACCCUUUAUCACGAUGGUGGCUUAAUGAAGUAAUUUUUCCUCAAGAAGCUGUAGUAGUCACAAUUUUUUGGAUGUUAUCUCUAAGUAAUAAGAAUGAGGUCAUUUUGUAACGGAUGAAGUAUGUGAUGACGAAAUUUCUAUGAGAUUUAUUUUGGACA